GGAGGUGUGGUGGAGGGUGAUGCGCACGAGGGGUGUCUGUCUGUGUAAAGCAUUUAGCACUAAACUGAAAAAAGUCCGCAUAGGCUCAGACAGAGAGAGAGACGGUCGAAAGAAAGUUAGUUGGUGAAAAAAAAAAGAUAUUUUCGUUCGGUGACAGUCUGUUUGUUAAUAUUUUCACUAGUGGCCUCUCUUUCUCCACCUCUCGCUCUCAUAGAUCCAUCAAUGGCUUCCCUCGUCGAAUCCGGUUGGCAGUACCUUGUGACGCAUUUUAGCGACUUUCAACUGGCCUGCAUUGGGAGUUUCCUCCUCCAUGAAAGCGUCUUCUUCUUGUCUGGUCUCCCUUUCAUUUACCUCGAAAGACAUGGCUUUCUCACCAAGUACAAAAUUCAGGCAAAGAACAACACACCUGCUGCCCAAGGAAAAUGUAUCACCCGCCUGUUGCUUUAUCAUUUCUGCGUGAAUUUGCCCCUUAUGAUGGCCUCCUAUCCUGUCUUCAGAGCCAUGGGAAUGCGGAGCAGUUUUCCUCUACCUUCCUGGAAAGAAGUGUCUGCCCAGAUAUUAUUCUACUUCAUCAUUGAGGAUUUUGUUUUCUAUUGGGGUCAUCGGAUCUUGCACUCAAAAUGGCUUUACAAGAACGUCCACAGUGUGCAUCAUGAAUAUGCCACACCGUUCGGUUUGACAUCAGAAUAUGCUCACCCAGCUGAGAUUCUAUUCCUGGGAUUUGCUACCAUAGUCGGUCCAGCUCUAACCGGCCCGCACUUGAUUACUCUCUGGUUAUGGAUGGUUCUGAGAGUGCUUGAGACAGUGGAAGCACAUUGUGGCUAUCAUUUCCCAUGGAGUCUCUCAAAUUUCCUUCCUCUGUAUGGAGGUGCUGACUUCCAUGACUACCAUCACCGCCUCCUCUACACAAAGUCUGGAAACUACUCUUCAACUUUUGUGUAUAUGGACUGGAUCUUUGGUACCGAUAAGGGCUACAGAAGACUCAAGUCUCUUAAAGAAAAUAGCAACUUGAAACAAACGUGAAACCACCAGUUUGAAUUGCAGUGAACAUUUUUAGCUGGAAAUGCAUAUUUGCUGAGUGUCCGUUUUGCAUCUCUGUGGAGGUCUUUCAUUCUGCAACCUCGUCUUCUCGUCCAUGUUGAUGCAGCUGUUCUGUGACUUAGUUCAUUAUGUGUGUCUAGAAUUGCUACUAAUGUGCCCUCCUUGAAAAACAUUUGGUACUUCUAGCUGAAUAGCCUGUGUUGGAUUUGGCAAUUGAAUCUUUUGGUAUGAGUCAGCUAUUUGAUUUGCUGCUAAAUAUCACACACGUCUUUCUUUUCUCCUAGGCGGAGUGGUUA